AAAGCAUUGUUGUUGUUGAAAAAGAAACGAUGUUUGGAAAAGUUUAUGGAACAGGCCAACCAGCAAAUGGCGAACGUUCAGCAGUUGAUUAAUGAUGUUGAAUUCGCCCAGGUUCAAUUACAAGUCGUCAAUGGUCUCAAAGCAGGCAAUCAAGCUUUGAAGGAGUUGCACCAGCUUAUGUCUCUCAGUGAUGUGGAACAAAUUUUGGAAGACACACGGGAGUCAGUGGCUUAUCAGAAGGAAAUUGACGAAGCAAUUGCUGGGUCACUCACCCCACAAGAUACAACAGCCGUUGAGCAGGAACUUGAUGAUCUUCUGCUAAGCUUGGACAAGGAGCUUCCGGAUGUGCCCACACAUGAGAUUUCCGCUAACAGAGAUCGGGAUGAAGUAGAGCAUCGCGGAUUUGGCGGGGGUGGUGGCGCGGAUGAGGAAUCUGUAGUGCUUCAACAAUCUGGUAUUCGUUUGUAUGAUGGUCCGAAUCGCACUUCGUUCGAAAAUGGAGUGAUUAAAUUGACUACGCAUCGUCUUAUUUGGACACGUUCGGAUGCCUAUGAGGACACUGCGUUUCUGGCUCUCCCACUGGCAGCGGUGCUCAAUGUCCGAGUGGAGGAAGGCGGUGGGCUGGUUCGUAGUCGUACACCCAAAAUCGUGGUUCGCCUGUUGACCCCGGCUGCGUUACACAAUGCACUGACUAGCCUCCCGCAUCCUCUACCCUGGACCGAGCGCUGGUUAAGUGAAAGCGAUCGAAGAUCCCAAGAUGGUCGGAGUUCCAUGUACAGUGUGGUUGCUCAGUCUUCAGAGAAUCAUAUUAAAUUGGGUUUCACUCGAACUGGUCACCGGGAGUUUGAACAGGCUUUACAAGAGGUUCUUGUAGCCAAAGUUUGGGCCGCUUCGGUACGACCUACUCGUCCGGGUCAUUCAUCUCGAUCGUACGGCAGUGUGGGUAUCGGGGCGAUUGAGAAACAACAAGCAGCGCGUAUUGUUCGCACGGAUCAGAGUUUAGAGGAAGCAUUCGAUGACUUGAACAAAUUGAUGAGUCGUGCCCGCGAAAUGGUCGCUUUGAGUCGCACUCUGGCCAAACGAUCACAGGAGGUGAAAGGUGGCGACUUAACUACGAACGAGACGGCCGAACUGCGUGCUGCCAUGCUUUCCAUGGGUGUGAUGGACGACUCGGUAAUAGCCGAUUCUCGCGCGUCCUCCAACUCUGCGGCUGUUUACAUGGGCAAGUCUUCCUCGUCGUUUCAUACACAACUGGCCAAACAGCUUUCUGAUUUGUUGACCCCGCUACUGAGCAAUCCACGUGGAUCCUCCGGGACGGGUUGUAUCGAUUUGGCUUCAGCUUAUUGCCGUUUGAAUCGAGCUCGCGGAAUGCAGUUGGUCUCUCCAGAGGAUCUGCUUCGUGCAUGUUGUCUUCUGGAGCGUGAGCACUUGCCCAUACGACUCAAACGAUUUCCUAGUGGCUUACUGGUAUUGCAACUGGCCACUGAGAACGAGAGUCGAACUCUGGAAUCCACAGCCCGCAUAAUUGAGGAACGCUCCAGCCUUACCGCGGACGAAUUGGCUCGAUUUACUGGAGUUCCACUGCUCCUCGCUCGUGAGCGUCUGUUGGCUGUUGAAGAAGCCGGCCUAGCCUGUCGCGAUGACAGUGUGGCCGGCUUGCGCUUCUAUCCGAAUCGGUUUCUAACGGAAGCUUGA